CCCCCCCCCCCCGUAAAAAGCAAGUAAUAUGGAUAGGGAAAGCAUAGAGCUGAGUAAAGAGCGGCUGACAGCGGAAAUGGCAUUCAAAGACUCCUCCUCCGCCGUCAUCAAAAUCCGGCAAAGAUUGCCCGAUUUCCUGCAUUCUGUGAAGCUCAAGUACGUCAAGUUAGGCUUGGGCUAUGGCUAUUCACGUAACCCCGCCACCAUUCUUAUCCUACCAUUCAUUAUUGUCACUUUGGUUCAGCUCUACGGUCUGAAACCGGACUGGGUUUACGAGUUAUGGACCAAUCAAGCCUUUCGACUUGAGAGCAUUUAUUCUGCCAUCGGGUUCGCUGCUUCACUGGCCCUUUUCUUCCUAUUUGAUCUCUACUUUGCGAACCGGUCCAAGUCGGUUUAUCUCGUCGACUUCGCUUGCUACAAAUCUGAAGAUGAUCAUAAAUUGUCAAUUGACUCAUUCAUGAAGAUUACUGAAGAAACCGGAGCUUUCACGGACGAUAUGCUUCAGUUUCAAACAAGGAUAUCGAGCCGGUCUGGUUUAGGCGAUGAGACGUACUUCCCAAGAGGGAUAACCUCUAGACCGCCAAACCAGUGCUUGAAAGAGGCUCGGUCUGAAACUGAAGCUGUUAUGUUCGGAGCACUCAACUCCCUUUUCGCGAAAACCGGCGUUGAACCGAAGGACAUCGACAUCCUUAUCGUGAAUUGUAGCCUAUUUAGUCCCACAUCGUCACUCUCGGCCACGAUAAUCAACCAUUACAAGCUACGUCCAGAUACAAAGUGCUACAAUCUUGGUGGGAUGGGGUGCAGUGCUAGCCUUAUAUCCGUCGAGCUAGCUAAAAACCUCCUUCGAGCCAAUCCCAACAGUUAUGCAGUGGUGGUUAGCACUGAAAAUAUUACUGCACAUUGGUAUUUGGGGAAUGACAAGUCCAUGUUGCUAUCCAAUUGCAUAUUUCGCAUGGGUGGAGCCGCCGUUCUUUUGUCGAACAAGCCACUAGACAGGAUGUGUUCCAAGUACGAGCUCGUUCACUUGGUUCGAACCCAUAAAGGUGACGACGAUAAACAUUACAACUGCGUUUAUCAAAGAGAGGAUGGCAAAGGAACUGUUGGUGUUUCAUUGGGUCGUGAAUUAAUGGCUGUGGCCGGCGACGCAUUGAAAAGUAAUAUCACCACUCUGGGUCCCCUGGUCUUACCCUUCACAGAGCAGUUAAUGUUCUUUGUUACCCUUGUUCGAAAGAAGGUUUUUAAAGCGAAAGUUAAGCCUUAUAUACCCGAUUUUAAGCUUGCUUUUGAGCAUUUUUGUAUCCAUGCUGGUGGGAGGGCGGUAUUAGAUGAAGUACAGAAGAAUUUGCAGCUAACGGAUUGGCAUAUGGAGCCUUCAAGGAUGACAUUACAUAGAUUUGGUAACACUUCAAGCAGCUCACUGUGGUAUGAGUUGGCUUACACGGAGGCCAAGGGUCGGAUAGAGGGUGGUGACCGGGUGUGGCAGAUUGCAUUCGGGUCGGGAUUCAAGUGUAACAGCGCUGUUUGGAGAGCUCUUAGGUCGACUCCCUUGAGUGAGACAAGGGGCAACCCGUGGAAAGAUGAAAUUCACAAGUAUCCGGUCAAGGUUCGUCUUGCUUGAUAUCUCCAAGUAGUGUCAAUUUAUUGCUUCUUGACCUGUGCCUUGAAGCAUAUAAUAAGUGACCCAAGCUUUAGGACGUUGUGUUGUGUUGUUUCGUUUGUUUGUUGGGUUCUUUUUCUUGUAAGAAAAAGUGAUCAAAGAAUAUGCCACGUU